AUGGCCGCCCACUGGGGCCCCGCGGGGGCGCCGCCGGGCGUCGAGCAGGACGGCCUGCUCACGAAGGGCGUGCUGGCGCAGUGGCAGCCCGGGUGCGUCCGCGUGCCCUACGCCUACGGAGUGCUGCUGGACGGCGACGGUGGCCAGCACCUCUUCGCGCGCGACCACCUGGGCCCCGGGCUGCUGGCAUCCCUGCUCGCCGAGGUCGGCCACGCGCGAGGGUAA